AUGGAAAUCCUCAACGCAGGUGGCAUCUGGAGGAAGUGUAAGAAAACCGCUGGCAGAGCUGUGUUCCUCCGAGCUCUCAAGUCUCACUUUAACACGACCCUAUGUCCUAAUGCCAACAUCACGUUGGCAAUCAGGUUUCCACAAAUGACUUUGGAAGACACCAGUGUUCAGGACAUAGAAUGGAGGAAUGAGUGUUCGGUAUUGGGAAUGGGGCCCUCAGGAGUGUUGGGAUCUCUCAGAGAGCACUUCCUGACACUCAACAGUCUGAUUGCAGCUGGGUCUUCAGCUGUAGACUGGACCCCUAGGCAGCCACCGGACCCAAAUCAUAAGGCAAAUGGACUUUCUGCAUCAAAAGACCACUAUCAGGAAGUUACAGUAAUAGAGUAUCAAGAGGCUAUUUUAGCUUGUAAAACCCCAAAGAAGACUGCUUCCUCCAGAUUGGAGUGGAAGAAACUGGGGCGGGGUGUCUCCUUGGUCUACUAUCAACAGGCCCUUCAAGGUGACUUUAAAGAUCGGGCUGAGAUGAUAGAUUUCAACAUACGAAUCAAAAAUGUCACAAGAAAUGAUGCUGGGAAGUAUCGUUGUGAAGUCAGUGCUCCAUCUGAACAAGGCCAAAACCUGCAGGAAGACACGGUCAUGCUAGAAGUCUUGGUGGCUCCUGCGGUUCCCUCAUGUGAAAUACCCACUUCUGUUCUGAGUGGCAGUGUUGUCGAGCUACGGUGUCAAGAUAAAGAAGGAAACCCAGAUCCUGAAUACACAUGGUUUAAAGAUGGCACCAGUUUACUGGGGAGUCAAAAGCUUGGCAAACACAACAGCUCAUACACAAUGAAUACCAAAUCUGGAAUUCUGCAAUUUAACAUGAUUUCCAAGAUGGACAGUGGAGAAUAUUACUGCGAAGCCCGUAAUUCUGUCGGAUCCCGCAGGUGUCCUGGGAAACGGAUGCAAGUAGAUGUUCUCAACAUAAGUGGCAUCAUAGCAGCUGUAGUGGUUGUGGCUUUCGUGAUUUCUGUAUGUGGCCUUAGUAUAUGCUAUGCUCAGAGAAAAGGCUACUUUUCAAAAGAAACUUCCUUCCAGAAGGGCAAUCCUGCAUCUAAAGCCACCACAAUGAUCGAAAAUGAUUUCAAGCACACGAAAUCCUUUAUAAUUUAA